AUGGGAGCUAAGUUUUACAGAGGCGCAGAUAAGCCUAAAAAGAUCAGAAAGAGAUUCUCUCAAACUAGAUCAUGGUUCAGAACUCUCAAGUGGGUUGCUUAUCACGCCCAUCCAAACAUGGUCGCAGGCCACCCAUUCAAGGGAAGUUGGGUAUACUCAACAGGCCAACUCUUGCACCCAGAUCUUAAGAGAUUCUCCAUUGGCUCACCUGUUCUCUUCAAGCCAGUUAUGCCAGGCAAGAACCCCCUUGUCCCCGUUGCUGCAGUUGCCGCUGUUCCUUCUUUCUAAUAAUUCUUCUCAUCUUAUUUCGUGCUAUAACAACCAUCAGAACAGCGACCCCCUGACCCACUGUCAAUACUACGCCGACAGCUCAAAGAGAGCUUGCAGUGCAUGAGCUCAAGAGAAUAAUGCGAAGCAAAGCAUAUAAUUCCUCUCUUUAAAUUUAAUUCUUAUAAGUAAAUCUUGGGUGAAGCGCUAUAAUUAAUUUCAAAAAACUUAAACUUCAUCAAUAUGGGAAAUCAGUGUGGAGGCUGCAAUGGACAGCAAGAAGAAGGCGAAAUCCUUAUGAAGGAUAAUAGAAAAAGCAAGGUAAAGAGCGAAUUCAAUCCUACUCAAUAAGAAUACGACGAUCUUUAAAAAGAAAAAGUUGUGAAAAUCCAAGCUCAUGCGAGAGGUCGUCAGGUCCGUAAACAAGCAAAAUCAGGAAAAUACUACGAAAAGCAUCUAUCGAAGGAAGAGGGCCUUGAGUUCAAGGAAGAAGUGGUUUUCCCAGAUGGUACUGUAUAUAAGGGACAGGUUAAAGAUGGAUAAAGACAUGGAUUUGGUAUUCAAGUGUGGCCAGACGGUGCUAAAUACGAGGGUAUGUGGAGAAACAAUGUUGCAAGCGGCAGAGGAAGAUUCUUCCAUACUGAUGGUGAUGUAUACGAUGGUGAAUGGUAAAAUGACAAGGCCAACGGCUACGGAAUCUAUACCCAUGCUAAUGGCUCUAAAUAUGAAGGCCAAUGGCUUGAUGAUAAACAGCAUGGUAUCGGCAGAGAGUCAUGGUAAGAUGGCAGCCAUUAUUACGGUAACUACGUCAACUCCAAAAAAGAAGGUCGUGGAAUGUAUAGCUGGCCUGAUGGAAACAAAUAUGUUGGUGACUGGGCUGAUAAUUCAAUCCACGGAUAUGGUAUUUACAUUUGGGGAGAUGGUAGAAUUUAUUGUGGUGAGUGGCAAAAUAACAUGAUGCACGGUGAGGGAACCUACAAAUGGCUUGAUGGAAGAAUGUAUCACGGUCAAUACAAGAACGAUAAAAAGAAUGGCUUUGGAGUUUAUGUUUGGGCUGAUGGUAGAGCUUACAUCGGAAACUGGACUGAAGGUAAAUAAGAUAACGUUAGAGUUUAUAUUCUACCAAAUGGAACAAUUAGAAAGGGUCAAUGGGAAGGCAACAAUAGAAGUGUCUGGCUAGAGAUCUCAGAAGAGGAAAAAGAGCAAUCUAAAUCUAAAUUCGCUCAGGCUUUAAAAAGAGCCAAGGACGUUGAAGUUUAAAGAAGAGCUUCUAUUGAUGAAGUUGAUCAGAUCAUCUAAGGUGCUGAUUUAAGAGCCUAACAGCAUGAAGAAGAGCAACUUCCUGAAGGCGAUCAAUUAAUCGAAUAAAUUGAGCAAUAGCUACAGGAUGAUCCUUACAUUCAAAGAGACCAAGACUAAUAUUAGAACGAUAAUGAUGAUCAGUAUAUUAAUGGAAAUCAGGAUGAAGAUAGAGCACCAGAUCAUGAGCAAGAAUAGCAAGACGUUAAAAUUAUUGAUGCUGAUGGUUAAAACGAUAUUUGA